AUGCACGAAAAUAUUUUUCUAUCAUUGGAUCGGCCAUACACAUAUACAGAUAUUUAUCUUGCUUUCAAUAUUCCAAAACCAACUAGAAAUAAAUAUAAAAUUCAAACAUUAUCAUCAAAUUUAAUAUCCGGUUAUGAAGUUAUUUCAUUAGCAUCAAAUACAUUUUAUAAAUACGCAUUAAAUGAUACAGAUGCAUCAAUUCAAACGACAUUGAUCUAUAAAAAAAUAGGAAAUUUUACAACGCAACCAUCCAUUGAGGAUAUAUUGAAUUACAUAAGUACAAUAUCAUGUAUUCUUAAAUUCUUACCAUUCACAUUAUCAUUUGAUAUAUUAAUAUUUUACAUUCUAUUCUUCUAUGUAACUGUAUUUUUAAUCAGCGAACGAAAAGAUAGCUUUCUAUCAUUGCUUAAUAUUAGUGGUUUACAUCCAGCAACGUAUUGGAUAUUUACUUAUCUUUUUGAUAUAAUUAUUUCUAUUAUAUGGUUUUGUUAUUUACUUGCUGUUUAUUGUAUAUUUCAUCUUGCUUUUAAUGGUAUACCAAACAAGAAACCUCAAACAGAAAAUACAGUUCUAUUGGAAUUUCUUAGUCCAUGGGAUUUACGAGUACAAUUUUAUCCAUUAACAAUAUUAAUUAUAUUACCAACAUUACCAUUUACUUAUUUAUUAACCAAACUUUUUAAAAAUGAUAUCAAUGUAUGUAUUGUUAUAGAAUUGUCGACUAGAUCGAAUGCGGGCAAAUAUUUUUGA